CGCUGAAUCAUUCAGCAGAGAUAAAAGACACCCUGUUGGUCUGAGAACGAGAAAGAGGGAGGGAGAGAGACAGAGGAGAGCAGCAGAGGAUCCCUCCUUCUCAGUCAUUCUCUUCCUCUCUCACUCUCCACUGAGGACACUUCUCUGCUUAGACUAUUCUCCUGAUGUUGAGCCCAAGAGUUUGAAAUCAUCACUCCAGGAAUGACAGAUCACAUGCAGUCUCAGCAAGGCACGGAAGAGGUCGGGGAUCAGAAUGGCUCCCGGAUUAUCUUCUCCGGGGAGCCUGGAGGUUCCUCUGAUCAGCAACAGAUCCUGACGUCUCCAGAGCUGACCCAUGAGGUGGUCAUCUCACCCGGGCUCCCCACACCUCCUCUCAGCCCUUAUCGCUCUGCAAGACUGCCAUACACAGACGGGAAGGUCAUGGAAGUGAAUGGAAAUGGACCAACAACUCUCAGCUUUGGAUCUUACUACGGCCCCCCACAGUCUACAGCAGGCAAGCUGUCCAAUGGUGUGCAGGGCCCAUCCACUUUACCACGCAGCUGGACUCCCAGCAGAGAGGAGAGGCUCAUCAAGUUCUCAGGAAUCGGUCCUGUGGAUGAAACUGGGAUGCCCAUCGCCUCCAGAUCGAGUGUGAACAAACCCAGAGACUGGUACAAGAGCAUGUUCAGACAGAUCCACAAGAAGCCAGAGGAACCAGAGGAUGAUUCAGAUCGGUGGUCAGCUGAAUGCCCCCAGCUUUCUGCCAACACAGAAGAAAAUAAUGAAGCAGACAAGAAUCUCUUCAGACUAACACCGUAUGGAGCUCUACCAGACUGGAGUGAGGAUGUAGAGAAGCUGUCAGACCCAGAAAAGCAGCACCGUCAACCUAGGAGCAUAUUCGACUUUGAGCCCGGAAAGAGCAGCGCUUCAGAGAGCCACAGCCAGGCCAAUUUAUCCUCAAAGAAACAACCUGAGAAACCAAAGUCAUCUUCCAUUGAGGCCAGUCUGGUCUCUGAGCUGAGCCGCUUUGAGGCCGAGUUGGACUCGGAGAUCCAGGGGCUGGAGAGGAGGCUUUCCCAGAAGAAGCAGCAUCGAGGCCGGGGUGAGGAAGCCAAAAGCAGGGACACAGUGAUUGCUGCACAGACUGGAACUGCUAACUACAGCAAUUCAUCAGCACCUAAACAGCCUGUCCAUCGCUCUGUCGGCACGUCAUCAUCAACCUCCACUCCCACACAUGUAGAACGUCUUUCGCCUGCAAAUGAAACCAUGGAGCUCCCGCCUAAGAAAGAGGAGAAAAAGAUGAAAGCAGCCCGAGCCAAGUUCAACUUCCAGGCUCAGUCACCAAAGGAGCUCAUGCUGCAGAAAGGCGACAUUGUUUACAUCCACAGGCAGAUCGAUGCUAACUGGUUUGAAGGAGAACAUCACGGGAGAGCUGGCAUUUUCCCCACGACUUAUGUGGAGAUCCUUUCCCCUACAGAGAAGCCGACUCCAAUAAAAUCUCCCACUCUGCAGGUGCUGGACUACGGGGAGGCUGUGGCUCUGUUCAACUUCAACGCUGACCUUCCUGUUGAACUUUCUUUUCGUAAAGGUGAGGUGAUCAAUAUAACCCGUCAAGUGGAUGAUAAGUGGUUAGAAGGAAGAAUCACAGGGACCAGUCGGAGCGGCAUCUUUCCAGCCAGUUAUGUCCAGGUCAACAAGAUGCCCCGCACCAAAUACUCCACAGAUGACUUCUCACCUGGCCCCAUGUCCCCCAUCUCACCCGGACCCCAGAGUCCAGGACGUCCCCUCCACUCACCCUGCCCUCGCUCACCGCUGUCCCCCUUCACCCCCACGUCCCUCAGCCCCAAACCUGAUCACUCACCGCUGAAACCGUCGUCACCUGUUCCUCACAGCAGUCCAGGCUUACAUUCACGCUCCCCCACCCAGACACCCGUAUUCAAAGAAUCAGCCAAUCGGUGGCCUCACAGUCCCUCUAAAACUGCCUCACCCACCAAACAGAAUAGCCACUGGGCUGGCUCACACUCUGCCACUUCUCAGGCUGUCUCACCGUCCAAUCAGACGUCAGCACACAGAGCAGGAGCGUCAACAGCCAACACUCCCAGAUACACUGACCCUGCUCAGGGUGUUAUACCAAACCAGUCUGCUCCACAUGCCAACUCCCUGACACACACAAAAGUGCCAAACAGCCCGGGAUCCAUGGCAGCACGCCAACCAUAUAAAGCUGUUUACAACUAUAAACCACAGAAUUCAGACGAGCUGGAGCUCAGAGAAGGAGACAUCGUACAAGUGAUGGAGAAAUGUGAUGAUGGCUGGUUUGUAGGUACGUCAGAUCGGACUCAUGCUUUUGGGACUUUUCCAGGCAAUUACGUGGCACCAGUUUGAUCUCCUCACUUCCUGUCUGUCCUAAAACACCUGGACUCACAUAAGACCAACUUCACUGAAAAUCACUCCAACAGAUCCUGCACUGACGCAGCAGCUUUUCCUCAUCACUUUCACACCACACUGAAACAAAUUAGUCAAAUUGCAUGUUCAUGGGUUGAAGGCAGGGAGUGGUUUCUCACCUCACCUCCUUGCAUGAGAGCAUGUGAGUGUUUUCCACUGAGACUUGUGGAGAGUGUUUUUCACACACACACCACAUUAGAGGCAGGAAUGAAUGCUGAUGAUACUGUUUCGGAUGUAGAGAAUGGGCUGUUUUGUUCCACAACUGUUUGCAGAUGUUGGACAUUUGCAUUCCUUCCUCAAGAACAGCACAGAUCCUUCUGAGAUCGGAUACAGUAUGAUCCAUUAUUCAGCUUUUUGCCGUCACAAACCACUGCUGGCACAUAUUUUUGUCCUGAAUUUCAACACAUUAACAUUUGCUUCAAAUAUCUCCUUCAGACUUUUCAGAUCUGUGAAAAUACUCAAGACAAGCUUGAAGAAACAACAUGAACAUCUGUAGAAAUGUUCUCAAAGUAGAGGUAUAGAGGCUCUGGCAUGUUGAUAAGUUUACAGCCCUUCAUUGGACCAUGCAAAAAAGUUAAUAAAUCAGUGCAUUUACUGUUUUCUAAGGCUUUCUUGAUGCAUUUGUCCCUGUUUAGCCAUUAAAGGAACGCCAAAGGUGAAAGUAUGGAAGAGAUGCUCUGCAGUAACUCUCUGAUCAGAAAUGAUCUAUAAAUCUCUGUAAAUCUAAUUUUCAUGUCUCUACCACCAGUUAUUAAAUUAUGUUUGAAAUAUUUGAGGUACUGCUGUAUGUGCCAAAUUAAACCUUUUUGUGCAAUCCUGUAUUAAACAAAACCAGCUCACUUUACUUGUAUAUUUGCAAAUACUGCUUUUGUAACAUCCUCUUUGAAUAAUGGAUUAACACUUUUACAGCAUUUCUUAAACCACUAAAUGUCAUUUUAUUUAUGUGCAACUUUAACAGCUGUGGCGUUUUUAAGCUUGAUGAAAUAAAACCCUUAUCAUGAAGUCAUUUGCAUUUUUAUAACAUAAAUAUCUGGUUUCAUUGUAAAAAUAAAUCAUAUUUAGUAGACACAGGAGAUUAUUGUACAGACUUGUCAAAUUGAAAUUAUAAUAUAUAUUUGCUUAUAAAACAAUGUAUCUUAUGUAUGGUACGCCUUUUUAAAAGCAAUUAAACAUUACAGAGUGAUACGGAGA